AUGGUGAUAGAUGUUGAAGGAAAGGAACUGAAAGUAACAACACAGUCUGUUCAUGACAUGUUGGGCAUUCCAACUAGUGGAACAAUACUUACACAACUGGAUCAAUGGCCUAAAGAUGAUAUCAGUUAUGAUGAAUGGAAGCAACAGUUCCAAGAAAGAGCAAUAAUCCGACUGAAUGCAAUCAAAAAAGUUAUUGUUCGUACCACAGAAGCUGAUUUUAAUUUCAAAUUGAACUUCUUAGUUCUUUUUAUAAACACAUUUUGUGAGUCAACCUCAAUGGGAAGAUGCAACAUGUAUCAAUUUCACACCAGUAAUGGGUCAAAAAUAGAUGAUGAAAAAGAGAUUGAAGAUAAAGAGGGAAAUGGUGAAGAAGACAAUGAUAAUGAUGGAAGUCAACCGGAAGUAGAUUAUUUUCUUGAUGGAAAUGAAGCAGAGAAUGAAGGAAUAAAGAAUGAUGGAGAUAACAAUAAAAAAGAAGGUGAAACUGAAGAAAAAGAGAAAAAUGGAGAAAUCAAUGAAUAUGAAAAUCAUGAAGAGAAAAACGAUGAUGAGACUAAAGAAACAAACAAUCAUGGAAAGACUAGUCACCAAAAUGAAACAAAACAAAAUCUGUUGGAUAAAGUUAUUUGA